AUGGCUCGAGGCAGAGGUCGAGGUAGUGCAGGUCGUGUAGGAAAAUCCUCAGGUCACAGUAAUUCUGCUAUUCCUCCAAAAAUGCCUACUUUUCCUAUUCCCACAACAGUUAGUCCUCAACAAGGUGGUACAAGUUCUAAUAUAGGUGGGCUUGAUCGUACAAACCAAGUUCAAAUACUAGGACCUAGCAGUACACCACCCGUUCAAAUGCCAAAUCACAAUAAUAUUCCAACCGAUGUUGAAUCAUCUCCUAUUACACCUAAUGAAAGUAAUCAAAUAGGAGAGGGUGCAUCUACUCAAAGAAGCACAAUUGGUGAAGGUGAGUCCAAUAAUCGUGGGCAGCGGAGAACAGUUAUUACUCUUACUCCUACAGGAUUGGAGCCUUCUUCGACAUGCUCUACUUUCAUAGCUAAGUCUUUCAAAAAUGAACUUGGUCCCAAUGGAAUCAAUUGGAAAGGUGUCUCGCAACCUGUAAAAGAUUUUUAUUUUGGAGAAUUCAAGAAGGAAUUCUAUUGGGACUCUUCAACUAAUGAAAAUGCAGUGAAAAGACAAUGGGAGAUUAAGGCAUCACUACGAUAUAGCGAUUUUAUUUCCAGAAUAAAAAAGAACGGAACUAAUCCCGGAUAUGUAACUGAUAUUGUGUGGGAAAAUUGGAUGAGGCUUUGGCAAGCUCCUGAGAAUGUUGCGAAGUCAGAAACAAAUAAAAAAAAUCGUCGAGAAGGAAGAGAAGCUGCUAUCGGAACUCAUACAGGUGGAUCUAUCUCUAUUGGGGAGCAUCGUAAGAAACUUGCUAUUGAAAAGGGUCGAGACCCAACACCAAGUGAGCUCCAUUUGCACGUCCACACACAUGAUCACGAUGGAAAAUCUUUUGUUGAUGAGCGAGCACGAAUUGUUCAUGAAAGAUAUGAAGAAAUAUUACGUGAGAAAAUUGAGUCUGAAUCUGAUAUUGAUCAACGUGACGCAUAUUAUCAAGCUGCAGGUGGAGAAAAGAAGAGAAGAAUAUAUGGUCUUGGAACUCAAGCAAAAAGUUACUAUGGACCAAAUCUUUGUAUCUCUUCUCAAUCUGAUGCUUCAUCAUCAAUACCACCAUCUGUUUCUCAAUCUGCACCGAUGGAAAAUAUGGAUGAGUUCGUGAAGAAAUUGAUUCCUACAUUGACUGAUCACAUGAUUCCUAUAUUACUUGAGCGCAUACGAGGUGUAACUUCUUUACCAUCACAUCAAUCAGCUGAUACUCCUAUUGGUGAUGCAUCAUCAGCAACACCUAUGGUGCCUAAUAAGGUUGUUUCAGAUGAUGACCAUAUUUCUUCUCCCUAGCAUUAGUUUUUCUUAUCUGAUUUUUGUUAAAGGAAAACAAAUUAUGCAGUAACAAUUACAAGUUCUAAACAUUAGUAAUUGCUAGAUG